AUGAGGCUGGUUCUACACAUUUUAAAAAAAGAAGAAGAAAAAGAAGAAAAAGAAGAAGAAGAAGAAGAAGAAGAAGAAGAAGAAGAAGAAGAAGAAGAAGAAGAAGAAGGAGAAGAAGGAGAAGAGGAGGAGGAAGAAGAAGAAGAAGGAAAAGAGGAAGAAGAAGAAGAAGAAGAAGAGUCGAGAGAUAGAACACAUGAUACCAAAAAAACUCAUCGUUCGGAUCAACAGUUCGUCGAACAAUCUCGCAAAAAGCACUACGUAUCAUCCAUCUUUUCGGCAUCGCUUCAAAAAUCUCAACAUUCAGCACUGCCGCCGACUCAAGUCGCUAUAAUCGGUGCCGGCUUCGCUGGUUUAUCUGCCGCCGCUGUACUUGAAAAGCACUCCGUGGAUUACGUUCUAUACGAAGGUGCAGGUCGUGUUGGUGGACGAGUUUAUUCGAUUCCUUAUGAAGAUGGAUGCCUACAGCACGGCGCUGAGUUCAUCAACGGCGAAAAUAACGAGAUUUUCCGGAUAGCAAACGAAAGGCAACUAACUGUACAGUAUAUCAGAGAUUUUGAUUUGUUCUGUAGAAAUGUACAGUAUGGAUUCAAUGGACAACGAUUGGACAAGGAACUCGUGAAAAGCUGGUUGGACUUCGUGAGCGACAUUGAGGAGCAGUUUGCAGCCGAAGCUGAGCAACGAAGUGAAGUGAGCGUCGCGGAAAGAUUCCAUGAACUCUACGAACAAUGGAUCACGAGAGAUGUGGAUCGGGAAAAGGAUAAAGAGAUCUAUGACCGACUUGCUCAAUUCUAUCUCACCUACUACGAAAUUGAAUGGUCUUCACCUGCUAACGAGUUGGCUCUUCUCAAUUUUGCGGAUUGGGAUGAUGGAAGCCAUGAACCGGCAUCUCUUACCCUUAAAAAGAAAGGAUUUCGAGAUAUACUUGAAGAUAUUAAAUCGAAGGUUCCUGAAGAGAGGAUCAGGUUGAAUUGCAAAAUUAAGAUGGUGCAGUAUUCAGGUGACGGAGCGACAUUAUUCCUUGAAAAUGGAGAGCAACAUCACUACAAUCAUGUGAUUAUCACAUGCCCCCUCGGUUUUUUGAAAAGGAAUCAUGCUUCCUUUUUCGCUCCUCCGCUUCAUUCGCAUAAAAUUGAUGCCAUCGCAAACUUAGGAUUCGGAAACAUGAUGAAAGUAUUCCUUGAAUAUUCAAGACCAUGGUGGCCGCUUGAUAUCGAUGCAAUAGCGCCGCUUCGAUCAAACAGUCCACUUGCAGAAUCAUUUCCAGUAUUUCAACCUCUCUACUGGAAUAAUAAGAUUCUUGUUGCAUGGGUGUCAGGUAAGGGACCCGGCCUAAUCAGUAAUCUUGAAGACGAAGAGGUUGUUGACGGUAUUACGCAGCAUCUAAGGGAAGCUCUUGGAGAUCAGACAAUACCACACCCGGUGAGGAUAUUUAGACAUAGUUGGAUAACGGAUCCAUUGGUGGGUGGCAGUUAUUCGUAUCUGACACCGGAAUCCGUGAAAUUCGUCCCAGAUGCUUUCGCGAGAAUGGCCGAACCUAUUCUUAUACAUAACAAACCGAUUCUUUGUUUUGCCGGAGAGCAUACACAUCCUACAAUGUAUCAAACUACAAUAGGCGCAUACGAAUCCGGAGAAAGAGAAGCUCUUCGGAUAGUCGAUUACCUCUCCCUUCAGAAGCCUUAA